GAAGAUGAAUUUCUAUCCGUCCUGUCUCCGCACUUAUCUCAAAACUACCUCGUCUACAUCUCCUCUUUCCAUAUAUUCGCCUAGGCUAUACACUACAAACAUACAAGCAUCAAUAUUUUCAUUCGUAGCAUAAGCAGCCUUUCAUCAUGGGGCGCUACCGUUACGAUCCCCUUCCAGGGCAACACUAUAUCAGACUGGCAAUCAUUCAUCCGGCAAAGUUCAUCAAAGAUAACAUUGUCAUUUCAUUCCACACCUCACCGUUUCCUAAUGACACAUUGCCGUAUGAGGCUCUCUCAUAUGUAUGGGGUUCGAAAAAAGGCCGUAUGCCAAUCUACGUUAGUAGGGUUGAUACCGCUACAACCAAUAGAUUACGGGAUACCGUUCAAAUGAAAUUCGAGAAAAUUCAGGUCACGCGGAAUUUAGACGUUGCCCUAAGGCAUUUGCGUUAUGAUGAGGCGCCCCGAGUUAUGUGGAUCGAUGCACUCUGUAUUAACCAAACGGAUGAAGUCGAAAAAAGCCCUCAAGUCGCAACGAUGGGGGAGAUUUUCCGGCUUGCUCGUCGGGUGAUUGCUUGGCUUGGGCCGGAAGAAAAUGAUAGCAAUAAUGCUAUGUAUCUCAUGGACUAUCUUGGGUCUCAAGUUGAAGUCGAUUUUAUUCGGUGGAGUUUGAGACCAGCGGUGGGUUGCAUUGAUCCUGGCAUCAGCGACGGCGACAUUGGGCUUCCUUUCCAAGGCCGAGAUGUUUACUCGAUUUACUAUCUACUGUCCCGACAGUGGUUUGAAAGACUGUGGAUCAGACAAGAAAUUCAUUUAGCUGGUCCGGAAGCCGUUAUUAUGUGCGGCCUCUAUCAAGUCAAGUGGUCAAGUUUUCGACGAGGUUUAGCAUGUAUCUACUUAAAACCCACCCCGGCGACGGACUUCACUGAUCAAUGUAAGACUCAAAUAAAUUCACUUCGAGGAUUUAUGUUUCAGAGAAAAACAAACAACUUAAUAGGCUCAGACUAUGAUUUUAACUAUACACGGUGCCUGGACCCACGAGACCGGCUCUAUGCGGUCUUGGCUUUGUUAAACGACGAGGACAAGGCAUUGAUCCCAUCGCCGGACUACACUCAACCUUAUGAUAAACUUUACACAACUGUCAUAAUAAACUGGAUUAAAUACUACGAUUCCUUAAAUAUACUACGUCAGUGUCAGCUUCAGGGUGAUACAUGCCCGAGCUGGGUUCCCGACUGGUCGAAAUCGGACGCCAGAUUCAAUGCACUCAAGUCACGCUUAUAUUAUUCACCGUUUACAGCCUGGUAUGAAUUCCCGCAGCCUGUCGUACUGAGAGCUAUGGGCGUAUACAAAUGUGCUGUCUCAAAAUAUCAUCAGUCGCCGCAAAUGUCACGCUACAAUAACACCAUGCUCGAGCAAAUACGAACCUGGCUGUUCAAAGUAGAUUCAGAGGAGCAGCACACAACUGAAGACUACACCAGGCUACUCCUUUGCGAUAGAUUCGCUAAUGACUUUGAUCCACCUGAUUCUGAUUACCCGGAUUUCGAAGAAGCGAAACAAUGCGUGGAGUUCAUCAUGUCUAAUUGUGACAUCAACGGUGUCAACAAUAAAGACUUCGUGCGGUCCUUGGGUGUUAACAAAUUCGUUAAUAGUGCUUAUUAUAUGGGGGGGUACCAAUGCAUUCAGUGCACAGGCGGUUAUAUAGGGAUUUCUUUGGCACCAGCACAGCCUGGUGAUGAGGUUUAUACCCUACUUGGUUGCUCGGAUCCGUUAUUGCUACGCCCACAAGGCAAUAACAAAUUCCAGGUAAUUGGUAAAUGUCUUGUGCUUGGAUUAACGUAUGACGAAGCUCUUCUUGGGCCUCUCCCCGUCAAUAUUCGGGCAAUCCAAUCCUAUGACAAAAGAUUUGAGUGCGACGCCCCGGCUUUUAGAGAUAUUUCUUCGGGCGAGAUAUUCUACGAGGACCCGCGUUUGAAAUCACUGCCUGUAGAUCUCAAAGACUUUCGCAAAGAACUACAAGACGAUCCCUGGGCAGAUAUUAAUGUAGAACCAGAUAUAUUCAGGGAACGCGGAGUGGAUUUGAAAUGUAUUGAUCUAGUGUAGAUUCUUGCUAUUUUACAAUUAAUCUACACCGUCAC